CUUGGUUUUGUGAGUGUAUGUGUGAUUGUAUUCGUGUUGUUUUCAUGCAUCACAAAAAGUGAAACUGUGAAAAAGCAAAAAAUGACAGACGAUGAUAAAAUUGGCACUCUCACCGACGAGGCCUUAAAAAGAAAAGAGCGUCUCGCACUUUUAAAAAGAAAAAAUGAUGCACCAAGUGAUAAAAUUGAACCCUCGAAAAAACUUCCAACACCAAAAUUUCGAAGUUAUAGACCACAGGACGAGAGUUUAAAAGAAAAAGUAUUGGAAGACGCGAAACCUGGUGAUGUAGAAUCAGAAGUUGCUGAACAGCUGAAAGCAGCUACUACGAAGGCUGUCAUCGAGGAGCUUGACAUUCAUAAUUUAGCUCCGAGGAAGCCGGAUUGGGAUUUAAAAAGAGACGUUGACAAGAAAUUAGAAAAAUUAGAAAGGCGCACACAAAAAGCAAUAGCUGAAUUAAUUAGGGAUAGAUUAAAAAUGGGUCAGGAAGAUCUUGCAAGUGCAGUUAAUGUUGGGACGAAAACAUUUGAAAACGGAAAAUAAAAAAAAUAAGACUAGAAAUUUAAUUUUACUUUGUAAUUUUAAUAUUCUGUAAAUAAGCAUUUUUCUAUAAUAUAAAACUAUAUUUUAUCACAAA